AUUACUCCCAGGAGAAGAAGCAGCAGCGGCAACAGCAGCAGCAGCAGCGCAGUAUUGAGAAACUUCAGCGACUUUAUGGCAAACAAGUAGAAGGGUACACUGCCCUCUGAUAGUUUUUUUUUUUUUUUUUUUUUUUUUUUUUUAAUACUUUGUGUAUGGAAAGUGCUCCUGGAUGGACCUGGGUGAAAACAGCUGGUCCAUGGUCAAGCGAGAAGUUUCCAGCAGUCCAGGCUCGCCGGCCGAGCAGAGCUACCUGCCCGGUGACAGCAGCAGGAGGGACGGGCCCACGCCUCCGAGCGAGCUCGACGCGCUGGGCCACCGCCGCCCGGACGGCAGGUCGCUGCAUCCCUACCUUCACUUCGGACAUCACGGCAACGCUGCGACMGCCGGCGAGGACAUCCCGCUGUUUACGGACUUGGAUCAGGGGAGCAAGCUCGUUCUCUCCGCCGGAGCGCACAAGGCAAGCCUGCUGGUGGACCCCGCCGACAUGUACCAAACUUUGGCAAUCGCCGCAGCCCAAAGCCAGACUGGAUAUGAUUCCUCCUCCGCUGGUUACAUGCACUCCAGCCCCAACUCCCCGGUCUACGUGCCCAGCUCCCGGAUGAACCCGAUGAUUUCCAGUCUCUCCUACCUGCAGGCCGGUGGUUCCGCGCAAGCCGGCCACGCAGUCUCCGGCCACUCGGUGUGGUCGCAGUCCACCCCGGAGAGCCCGUCGUCGUACAGCGCAGGGAGCCCGCACACCUCCAGCCGGUACCAUUAUCCUCCGAGUCCGCCCAUGAACAACGGGACACCCAGGGACAGCAGCUACACAAACACGCUGAAUGUGGGCAGCAGGGACCAAUACGGCCUCUCCCGACCCCUAAGUGGGACCUACGCUAACCCAUACGCCCCCUAUGUGGCACCUCAGCUGCCCUCACCUUGGACCGGGGGACCUUUUGAUAACACCAUGCUGCACACUUUGCAAAGCAGGGGUGCGCCUUUGAUUAGAGGUCCAAACGGAGGUAAGAGAAAAAUGCAAACGAUGAUGAUGACAUUUAAGAAAAAAAACAAAAAACAAAAAACAAAAAAAAAAAAAAAAAAAAAACAUGAUUCACCUUCCUGCGGCCUCUACAGCAAAAUGAAUGGCCUGAGCCGGCCAUUAAUUAAACCGCAGAAAAGGACGUCAACCUCCAGAAGAAUCGGCCUCUCCUGCGCAAAUUGUCAGACCAGCACAACAACCUUGUGGCGCAGGAACGCAGAAGGAGAACCGGUGUGCAACGCGUGCGGACUCUACACUAAGCUUCACGGAGUACCUCGACCGCUCGCCAUGAAGAAAGAGGGAAUCCAGACACGAAAAAGAAAACCCAAAACUUUGAGUAAAACCAAAGGAUCCUCGGGCACCAACAACUCUGUCUCCAUGACUCCCACAUCAACCUCCUCAUCCAAUUCUGAAGACUGCUCCAAAACCAGCUCUCCCUCUGCACAAGUGUCAGGGGUCAGCUCGUCCGUGCUGCCGGCCUCUGGGGAGGGAGCCGGCUCGGGCGCUGCGGUGAAAUACCCUGGACAGGACAGCCUGUACACCAGCGUGGGCCUGACCCAGUCGUCAGAUGUAGCUUCAGUGAGGGGGGAACCCUGGUGCCCCUUAGCUUUAGCCUAAACACUCAAACGUUUUGUGUGUGUGGACAGAAAUCCCUGACCUCCCCCGCUCUUUCUGGACGCUGCGGCGUGGAUAUACCUGGAGGACGGUGUUUGCUCCCUACCACCACCCUUCGGCCCCAGCAAGAAGAGUCCGACACGAGGGGAAAACGAUGGCGAGACGAGCGUCAGUCACGGCUUAAGCCUUGAUCUGUGUGUGGAAUAUCCGGGAUUGGUGCUGGCGUCUUGCAGUCAGUGGAAAUGUCAGGCCGGACAAUAAGUCAGGCGGCCUGCGCAGGAUGGUUUUAAGCCUGUUGUUCACUCUGAUCUCUCCUGUCAGUGGUUCUUCAAAGAAAGCCAUCGUGUACAUAACGGAUUUCCUCUCUACAGAAAACACUGCUGAUUGGACACGAGUGCUUGAUGAGGCACUGAGGACAUUUAGAUUGUUCUUCUUUUUUCUCCCCACAACUGGAAUCAUGCCAUAAGUGCUGAGAUGACUUUGAUGAAUCAAAAUUAAAAAAAUACAAUAUAUAUAUAUAUAUAUAUAUAUAUUUAUAAAUCUCCGAUUGUUGAGAACGUGGCUAUGAUUGUUAAUAAAGAUAUCAAUAUAGAGCAGAUGUUAAACCAUUCUGACGUCUUUUUUUUAUUUUUUUUUUAAGUGUUUGUUAGGUCUGCACAUGUUUUCCAUUGAAAGCUCUUACUGCUUAUGUUGAAAGUAGUUUGGUUAAAACAGGGUAUAAAUGUCAGUGUUUUUUUUCUUUAAUCAUUUACUUCAAAACAUACAAAUUAUCGAUUCCUUCUUGUUUUAUGUAUUAAAAUGUUGUCAGCUACAGAGAGGAGUAAGGUACUGUUCUUAAAAGAUGUUUGCAUGCAAUUGGAUGUUGUGUUUGAACAAAGCUCAGCCGGCAUAACUGAAUGGCUGCACUACCUGACUCAGCAUAAAAUUUACACGUUUUACAAUUCUCUACUGUUUCCUCAUUUUCAGCACAAAAUUAGAAAAAACUAAAUGUAGAGAGCGCAGUCACUGAAAUUCUUCAUGAUUAAUUAUUAUAGCGAAUUUAAAAUGAGCCAAUAGRAGAUCCUGUGAUUUMUUUUUGAGAAACAAAAUGGCUGUGAUCCAGAGUCAGCCCAAGGCAUAAGCRAGAUAAACCCCUGCAGAGGGCUCCACAACCAACAGGAGGCUGCUGGGAGCUCAAAAGCCAUGCAUUAGUGAUAUUUGUGCAAAUGUGUAAUGUUUCAAGUGUUUCAUGCAACUGAAUGUAGCCAGAUUUUUUUUCUCUGAGUAAAAUGUAUUGUUUGCCCUCCACCUUCAUACAAAAAAAAAAAAAAAAAACAAUCACCUGGACUGCCGACAUUACAUAGCAAAGGUUAUGUCUAAUAUCUAAUUGCUAUGACGUGGUAGCUGAAAUAUCAACUUCUGUUCAGAGCCGCUCCCCUGUGUCUCCAAACGGCCUUGGACCGGCUCUGCUGCUAUCACAUUUCUGCUACCCGAAAAGAAUUGACAGCCUGAGAAGGUUUUUUGGAUCUUCUUCAUUGUUUGUGACUAUUCUUGUUAAAGAAAGAAAACUAAUUCAAUUAAUUCUAAAGAGACUGAAUGCUGGAGGCCGUCUCCUGAGUUUAAUGUAAGCUUCGUCCCUUUCCAGAACUUGUUCCAUUCUUGCAGAGAUCUUAUCAUUCCCUCCCCUGAACGUAUUUAUUUCUUUGAGUACCAGGCUCGCUUUUACGUUUUAUGUUUCAUUUUUUUCCUGGAACAUCAUGAGAAAUUAUUAUAUUUAAAUCCAGUCCAAUAAAUUGUUCUGAUGAAGCAAGUAAA